AUGGAUGAAGAUCUUGGAGCAAUUUUAUACAGGAUCCACAACGAGUUUAAGAAUAUGAUUUUUAUCUUAAAAUGUAUGUACGAUAAGGCGGUGGUGACUAAUAAUUUGAACCGGGAUUCAUCGAACAUCAACCCUGAAUUAUUCACGGAAGUUGAAGACUUGACGAGAAUCAAUGAUGAUUUAAAAAUAAAAUGUAGACAUUCAAAACAGAGACAUGUAGAAAGGUUGAAGAAAAAAGAGUCCGGUGAGGAUUAUAAAGUCCUAGUUUCAUUGAAAAUGAAAUAUAAAAUGCUGAAUAACUACAUAAAAAGAUCAACCGAACAACUCAAAGAACAGAUGAAUAUGAUGACGCCGUCGAAAAAGACUUCCUACCUGAUCCAAAGUAAAGUCAAUUCCCCUAAGUUGUAA